AAGAAAAAUACCUCCGAGGGAAGAUCUCCACCUUCGUGUUGAUAUUACAAAUGAUUCUCAGUCUCGUUUUCGAGGCUUAAGAAGAAAAAAAAAUAUAAAACAGUAAUAAUAGAAGGAAGCAUUAUGGGAUGAUGGACAAUAGUUGUUUUAUUGUUUUUUAGCUUCUGUGCAAGGAGAAGCGUAUGGAACCUCGGUGUGGGGACGUCUUAUAAGGGAACACCGUAAUGCAGAUAAGUAUGAGACGAAGUUAACUUGACAAUGAAAGAGCGAUGCUGGGCGCAUGGGGAAAACGCGAGCGCGGCCCCAGCUAAGUAAUAAUAAUUACAGUAUAACAAAAAAAAUGUACAAACAAACAGACGGCAGCGUUCAUCGGAGUGGCGACCGGACGAGCCCGAUCAGCGUGAUCCUGGUGAGCUCGGGCAGCCGGGGUAACAAGCUGCUCUUCCGAUACCCCUUCCAGAGGGUUCCCGAGGGCGCGUCCUCGCUGGCCACGAAACAACGAAGCCCGUAUGCUCUGAACCCGACUGGUGAUGUGCUUGAGGACCAGGAUGGAGAUUCAAGAGAGCAAACUGCCCUAACUGAUGAACAGUUGGUAGCAGGGUUCUCAGACAUCAUUCUUGCCACCAUCCUGGCCACCAAGUCUGAUAUGUGUGGCAAGAAAUUUGAGCUGAAGAUUGACAACAUACGCUUUGUGGGACACCCCACCCUGCUUCAGACACCGCAUACUAUCCAGGUCUCCAAAACGGAUCCCUCCCCCAAGAGAGAGAUGCCAACAAUGAUCCUCUUCAGUGUUGUGUUUGCACUCAGGGCCAAUGCAGACCCCUCUGUUAUCGGCUGCAUGCACAACCUGUCGAGACGCAUUGCCAUCGCCCUGCAGCAUGAGGAGCGCCGCUGCCAGUACCUGACCCGUGAGGCCAAACUCAUGCUAGCUGUGCAGGAUGAGGUGACAGCCAUGACUGAGAAUGAGAACAGCCCCCAGUCACCCUUCCGGCAGAUUCUGCCCAAGUGUAAACUGGCUUGGGAUCUGAAGGAGGCAUAUGACAGCCUUUGCACCACAGGCAUUGUGCGUCUGCACAUCAACAACUGGCUGGAGGUGAGCUUCUGCCUGCCUCACAAGAUCCACCAUGUGGGGGGCAACCAUAUUGCCCCAGAGGCCCUAGAGCGGUGUCUCAAGGCUAUCCGGCCAUACCACGCGCUGCUACUGCUGGAAAACGAGAAAGCAGUGUUGGGCCAGAUGCCCUUAGACUGCUCCCCUGCCCUGGUGCGCCUUAUCAAGACGUGCUCAGCCGUGAAGAACCUGCAGCAGUUAGCACAGGAUGCUGACCUAGCUCUUCUGCAGGUAUUUCAGAUUUCUGCCCAUCUGGUGUACUGGGGCAAGGCCAUCAUCAUAUAUCCUCUGUGUGAGAACAACGUGUACAUGCUUUCCCCGCACGCCAGCAUCUGCCUUUAUUCAUCCCUGGCUGAGCAGUUCUCUCAGCAGUUCCCAGGUAACGACCUGCCCUCUAUGCUGGCUAAAUUCUCCCUGCCCAUCUCACUGUCCGAGUUCCGGAACCCACUGGACGCCCCUGUGCAGGAGGUCCAGCUCAUCCAGAUGGUGGUGUGGUUGCUGCAGCGGCGCCUGCUCAUCCAACUGCACACCUACGUCUGCCUGCUGGUUCCACCCGGCCAGGAUGAACCUGGUCCAUGGGAUGAGGAGCCCCCCCUGGUGGCUUGUGUUGGGGGGCGGAGCCUGAGUACACCCAGUGCCCUCAGCUUUGGCUCACCAACUAGCAGUGAUGACAUGACCCUGACCAGCCCCAGUAUGGACAACUCAAGUGCAGAGCUGCUGCCGGGUACAGACUCACCGCUGAAUCGCCGCAUGACAGAGACGCUGCUGGCCAGCUUGACAGAACAUGAACGGCAGGCUAUUCUUAGUGUACCUGCUGCCCAGAACCCCGAGGACCUGCGCAUGUUUGCUAGGCUCCUGCAUUACUUUCGAGGCCAUCACCACCUGGAGGAAAUCAUGUACAAUGAGAAUAUGAGGCGCUCGCAGCUCAAAAUGCUCUUUGAUAAGUUCCGCAGUGUGCUGGUCAUCACCAACCACGAGGACCCUGUCAUCUCCAUCUUUCAGUCACCACUGGAAUAAAAGAGGGGUGAUGGGGCUGAUGGUGAUGGAGAAGCUAAAUGGAAGGCUUUAGUUCCAGCUGAUCAAGAGAGUUGAAUUGGUCUAAAAAAACAUCAAGCGCCAUCAUGGUCCUCCAACCACAAGGGGAGCUGUGGUAGCAGGGCCCUCAGCCAUAGCAGGUCUUUAAAAGAUGCCCACAUUGAAAGUUGUGCUGCCAUAUUCAGCUGAAUGUCUGGAAGUACUUAGAAUUUCACAAAAGCUUGGAGUUUUCCCAUGAUGCUGAGCUUCUACUGAUUAUGUGAAACUUUUUACUUUCCUGUGUAGAAAGAGAAGCCAUAAGUUUGAAAUGUGUGAAUGGAAGGAUGACUUUACAGUGAAAACCCUUAAUUGGGCUCUCAUGCCCCCCCCCCAAGUUGUGCAUGAAAGCACUGAAAACCAAGUUUUGAGGUAGUUUUCUGCAUUCACUGACUACUGUAAUUCACAUCAUGUUACUAUUAGCAAUUUCUUCCUAAUUUAAUAUUUUGCCAGACAUUUGUUAUGCUAGCAGUAAUUUAAAUCUUUAUUUUAUUACAAUAAAGAUCAUGUGAUUUAUUCAGCUGGUGAUUUUAUCCAAAGCCAAGUGAUCCAAGCAGUUUUCCUGCCUGCUUGUGAAAAAUUCCAUUGGUUAAAGUCAUACAGUUUACAUAUGUUACAGUCCCACACCACACUGCACUCAAGCUGCUAAAGCUAAAUCUACAAAGCUGUUGGUGUUCUGGCAUGUAGCAUGGUCUCUAAGCCUUUCUCCCAGAGUGAAGAUGCGAUGUGGGAGUUUCAGCAAGUCAGACAGCUUUCCUGCAUGUGUUGCUUUUCACUUCAGAGCCAUGGAAGCCCUUGUCACAGCCUUCUCGAAGGAUUGAGGCAAAUAAGUUUUUAAAGAGACUACACUUUUUACAUGUUGAUACUGGAACAGUUAUAAAAAGGAAAAACUCUUCUGUUGCAUUGAAUAGUGACACUAUACAAGCGAUCACAGUUCACUGUUAAUGUUCAUCGUGAGCAGCUGUAAGAUUCGUACCACGAAGUCCUGCUCUGAAGGUGAGCACCUUGCAAUAUGAUUUAUGGCCAUUUAAAUGUCACACAAUUUAAACCAAGAGGUGUGAGAUUUUCCCAGUGCUGUGAACUCUUUGGUAGAAAAACAAUAUGCAGUCCAAGUCUCACAGACAAGUACCUUUACUGUUCAAAAUGAAGAACAAUCAAUCAGUCUUUAAAUGUUGAAGGUAGUGAACAGAACAUUAAGUAGAAAAAAGUUACAAAAAUGUUACUUCUAUUGUGAAUAAAAGGUUUAUUUUAUGCCAUAAUGGCUCAUUUUAC